AUGGCCAAUAAGAGACAACGAAAUGCCAUGAACAGUGGCCCUGGGAGCGGACAAUUAGACGGGCCUUUGUCUUUUGGGUCCUGUUUCUCACCCGCAUUCCCGCAAAUCACUUGUAGAAACGCAAACGCCGGUCAGCUCUCCAGACCCCAGUCAAUUUCCCGCCAAACCCAAACACACUGGUUUAGCCAACCGUGUCGCAGAAUGCAUUCCCUGGCAGAACGUGGUCUCCAAUGUUCCAGCGUUAAGCCGCUGAAUUUCCCAUUGUUGACAAACACGCAGUGCCAAUCGCCGGAACCAUAUAGAGAUCUUCACCGCAGACAAUCUUAUCAGGGCAACAAACCGUUAACCGAUGGAGGCAGUACCCUGACUCUGCAUGUCUUGGACGGUUUGUCUGACCCGGAUGUCUCCACAACUCAAGGGAUGGAUGCCUGGCGCAAGGGGCGAAACCGGGGCCUUCCUACGAUGUGGCCUGAGAGAGGAGAUGACUUGAAGAGGCAGAACAAAAGCAUACACACAACGGUGGAAAUCAAUACCGGGGAUACGAUCUCACACGUCGGGUAA